AUGUUGCCUUUUUUGAGGAAUAUUCGACGAAUCCAGAUUGGAUUCUUCGAUGACGAUGGGAAGGAAGCGUCUUCAGUGACCUACGACCUCACUCAACUCGAGCCCAGCCACGUUCUACUCAAGAAGAUCAAAACUGAGAAGGCGGCUUCCGAAGAGUUCGUCCAACACUUCACAAUUAUUAGCCAUACAGCGGAGGGAUUGGCAAAGAACGAGAACAGAACUUAUACAAAGUCUGAAGGAGCCUCUCAGGCGUAUUCAAAGUCCGAAGUCAUCCUCGCUUUCCCAAUCUCAGAAAAGCCGGUGCCCAUCAUCGAGCCUCAACAGGUCUACGCUUUCCUCCCAGUGAGACCAGUCGGAUUCAACUUCCUCAUCCAAGCCGACUUUGUCACUGAAGCUAGUCGACAAGAUAUUGUCAAAGACUCACUUUGCAACCUUGGCCUCCUGAAAGCCAUCGCCGAGGCGUUUGCCAGUGCGGCCACAGAGCUUUCCGAGCACGAGGCUUUACGUUACACGUGGCCCGCGUAUUUGCCGAACACGACCGGCUCUUGGGAAAUGUUCUGGCUUUCUCUGGUCGACGAGAUCAGAACAAGUCUGCAGAAAGCGCCUGCUUUCUAUGACUAUAAGGGUUAUGGCUGGCGACUGUUGCGUGAUCUUCUCCAUGCUACUUCGGACAUGUUUGACGAGAAUCAAAAGCUUCUAUUGGAAGACGGUGAUCCAGCAGAGGUCAUUUCACGACAAUAUGGCUCAACAGACCUCAAAAUCUUGAAGAGUUACGGGCUGUGUGACGUCACUCCAGCGAGAUUUAUACGAUGGCUGGGAGCAGAUCUCGCGAAUGGGAUCACAUCGCGGAUGCAGUCCCAAGGAACAACCGACUUAUGGCAUGAGCAGACAGCAGCAAUUUCAAAUUUUGCGCUCAACCAUAGGACCGUUCGCGGAUUUCACGGUCCCAAGAUCAAGGACAUGGACCUCGUUCCUCUUGAAGGCGGGUCUUGGACAUCUGCAUCUUUGGGGCCAAUCUACCUCCCAACUGUCAAGGGUCUAGAUAUUCCUGUUGAUUUAGGCAUGAGAAUUCUAUCCAGAAGAGUAGAAGGCGAGAAGAGAUCUCUGCUUGUUAACUCUCUCGGUGUAAAACCCUUUCUCAACGCGCCUGGUAUUAUCGGGUCAAUAUGGCCAAGUCUGUUCCAAGACACAGUCGGCAUCGGCGAUUGCACCAGCGAGAUCUUGGUUGACGAGUUGAAGCAACUCAAGGCUUCAGAAUGUUGCGAUAUUGAGAGAAUUGGCAACAUUUACCACGCUUUGCACAAGCUAUUACAAAGCAAUACCGGCUCCGAACAGAGCAAUCUCAAGGCGAUCUUUGAGAACGAGGCGUUGAUAUAUGUUCCAUCAGACGAUGCUUCGUCAUGGUACAAAGUAUCGCAAUGUGUUUGGUCCAGCGCAGCCAAAUUGAGAGGAAGAGUGUCACUCACAGACGACUACAAAGAUCUGGAAGAAUUCUUUGUAGGUCAUUUAGGCGUCAGACCAGUGGACCUCGCCAUGGCCAUCGACGAGUUGAGGCAAGUCGCAGUGAGGGACUCAACCACGGUGAAUGAGAUUAAGGAUUUCAUUUGGAUUAUCAAUUCACUACUCCCCUCAGGGAACACUUCUCCUGUCCCGCAGGAUAUCUUGAGGGCCCGGAUCUUCCCCGUCAGAUAUCCCAACGGGCGUGUUCAAGUCAGAGCCUACGACACGGCUUUCUUCAUCAUCGACCGGGAGUCUCUUGGCUCAUCGUUCGAGAGCAAGGUUAAGCUCUUUGACUUUAAACUCGAGCAAGUUGCCCGUCUCCGUCCCUACAUCGAAUGGCUAAAUAUACAAGGCCUAUAA